AUGUCUAACUUGGAACGAUCUAAGCCAGUCAAAAUGAUUUUGGUAACAGGUGGUGUCAUCAGUGGUAUCGGAAAGGGCGUAAUUUCAUCCAGUUUAGGUGUGCUACUUAAAGCUCAUGGUUAUCGUGUUUCAGUCAUUAAGAUUGAUCCAUACAUUAACAUUGAUGCUGGGACAUUUUCACCUUUCGAACAUGGUACGAAUUAUCUUUUUACUACUACUGUAAUUAUGAGCGAAGUAUUUGUUUUGGAUGAUGGUGCAGAAGUGGAUUUGGAUUUGGGAAAUUAUGAAAGAUUCCUGAAUGUUCGUUUAACUCGUGAAAAUAAUAUUACGACAGGCAAAAUAUACCAGCAAGUCAUCGAACGAGAAAGACGUGGAGACUUUUUGGGAAAAACAGUACAAACUAUACCUCAUAUAACUAGUGCGAUUGUAGAAUGGGUGGAACGAGUUGCUGCAAUACCCGUUGAUGGAAGUAUGGAGCGUCCUGAAGUUUGUAUAAUUGAACUCGGUGGUACCGUGGGGGAUAUUGAAAGCAUGCCUUUCAUUGCUGCUUUUGAGAAAUUUCAAAGACCGGCGUUCAGAAAUCAACUUAUGACAGUGCAUGUUUCAAUAAUUUUGGAACCAAAAACUACUGGAGAGCCCAAAACGAAACCAAUGCAAAAUAGCGUGCAAAACUUAAGGGCUAGUGGUUUAAUCCCUGAUUUGUUAGUAUGUCGAAGUGAACGUCCUUUGAGUUAUACUUUACGUGAAAAAAUUGCAGCUUUCGCUAUGGUUGAUUUAGAUCAGGUUAUUGUUGUUCACGAUGUGGCAAAUAUUUACAAAGUACCUCUUUUGCUUCAUAAUCAGAAUACAUUGGAGAUGAUUAUCGAACGACUGAAAUUGAAACCUGUGGACGCUCACGAUACGCUGAUUCAGAAGCCUAAUCUCUUCCAAUGGACGCAUUUAUCUAAUUUGUGCGAUAGCUUUAAUGAAGAGGUACGAAUAGCAAUGAUUGGAAAAUAUGUUAAAAUCCGUGAUUCAUAUGCAUCAGUAAACAAAGCUCUUCGACAUUCUGCGAUUCAUGCUAAGCGGAAACUUGUUAUCGAGUAUAUUCUCUCAGAACAUCUCGAAGAAACUGAGGAUCCUUUGUGCAUUCCAAAUUACAAUAACGCGUGGGAAGCGGUCAGGCGCUGCGACGGUAUUUUGGUUCCUGGUGGAUUUGGUGGUCGUGGCAUUGAAGGAAAGAUUGCAGCCUGCAAAUAUGCUCGAGAAAACAAUAUUCCUUUCUUAGGUAUUUGUCUCGGCAUGCAGUGUGCUGUAAUUGAAUUUGCACGCAAUGUUUGUGGAAUCAAGGGUGCAAAUUCGACGGAAUUUGAUUUGGAAAUUGUUGGGGAGCAACAAGUAGUAAUUGAUAUGCCAGAACAUAAAGGAGAUAUGAAAGGCAUGGGAGGAACAAUGCGACUUGGCAAAUUGUAUGGUGUUGACAAAAUCAGUGAGCGUCAUCGGCAUCGUUACGAAGUAAAUCCUUCUGUAGUUCCUAGACUUUGUACUGCAGGUCUUCUAUUUGUUGGUAUAGGAACAGAUGAAAAAAUGACACUCGAUGAUAUUGAAAAUAUUUUAUCAACAUCAGAAAAAAAGAAUGGAGAUGAAAUAGGCAGCGAAGAAACAUAUUUGUUACGCCGAAUCCACAUUUUGUGUCAAAGUAAAGGGGAAACUGCUAGAACAACACCUGUACGAAUGGAAAUUAUUGAGUUGCAAAAUCAUCCUUACUUUGUUGGUGUUCAAUUCCAUCCAGAGUAUUUGUCUAGCCCUCUCCAACCUAGUCCUCCAUAUUUUGGCUUUAUUUGUGCAGCUUCUAACCAGCUAGGGAGUUUUCUUCGUGGUUCCAAAAUACCAUCACCAAUGAGUGUUUUGAAAGAAGCAGAAGAUUAUGUGAGUUCACUGAGAUUUUCGAACUAUUUUAAAUCUAUUGUAAGUUUAGAAGCUGAAGAAGUUAUUGCUAAUAGUUCGAACAUUGAAAAUGUCUUGCAAGCAACGCAUAUAUAUGUUAAUGAAAUUGGCGAAUUCGAAGAAAAAGAACGCAGGGAAGAUUAA